AUGGCCGUGUCGUAUCCGGUCAUGAGUACGGUCGCUAAACGGAACGCAAGCGCGCCCCUAGCGGCGAAAUCACGCAACUACGGGGCCGGUGCGCUUCGACAGAGUCGUGAGGCGACACUUUUUGGUGGACGCCGACAAGUGAAGACGUGUCACGGAACUGUCCUUCGUUUCACACAAGAGGCAAACAAAACUCGACUAGUUAUUGAUGCACAGCGGGCGAAGUUUAACGGAAAUGCGGUACGAAAA